AUGGCUCUAAAUUUUAUUAAAAGUUCGAAAGGCAAAAAUCUUUUGUCUCUCAACGGUUUCAUUUAUACUUCCGACAAAGUUAGUGAAGACAGAAUUUAUUGGAAGUGUGAAAAUUUAAAAAAAAAUUCCGGUAAAGGACGUGCAAUUACAUCAGGUGAAACAGUCAUCAAAGAAAAUAACUUGCAUAAUCAUUCAGGAGAUGCAGCAGGUAUUGAGGCCAGAAUUGUAUAUGGAUCCAUGAAGCAAGAAGCAGAAACCGGCCGUGAUCCAUGCAAAAUAUAUGGUCGAAAACGGCAAGAAGCAAAUCUAACGAAAACCUCAUUUUCUUCAUAA